AGAGAGAGGAGAAAAGAAAGACGCUGUCAGACAGAGAGAGUGGUAUCGUCUGUCGCCUUUCUGCUGUCGUCUGUCGAUCUAAAGUUUUAAGAAGAAACAGAUUGGACUUAAAAAAAAACACAUUGUGGAUUCUAUCUGCUGUUUUCAUCCAAGUACGUUUCUGGACUUUGGACUUUGCUUAUCGUUGUUUUUUUCUUCAACGUGUCACAAUUUACUGGGUUAACUUUGAUUCGGUGGAUAUUUUGUGGUUGCCGUCGGGUCCAGGUUGGGUGAUUUCUGAUUGUUGGACUGGUGCAGUUUUUGGCUGAAUGCCCCAGAAUUACCCACAGGGCGCAGUUCCUGCCCCGACCUGCAGGGUGACAGCCACAGAGGAGCGCGGCUGGGCGGUUGAGAGGCGCUGCGUCGGCAUGAGCGACUUCUGGCACAAGAUGGGCUGCUGCGUGGCAGCCAAACCACCACCGAAGAAGAAGAGGAGGAAGAUUGACCGCAGUAUGAUUGGAGAACCGACAAACUUUAUCCACCUCACUCACAUUGGCUCAGGAGAGAUGGCCGACAGCCUGCAGCCGUCCGGGUCAGUCCAGGAGCAGAUGAGGUCCAAAGGACUGAACAUGAACGGGAGGAACAGCCUGUUAUAGCCGGACCUUCUGAAACCAAAGACCAGCUGACUGACCUCACAAGCCCAACCCUCGACCUUCAUCCACUGGCGUAAACCUCAGCUCCACCCUCCUCCUGCCCAACAGAAGUGUCCUUGAACAAGGCACUGCAGGUGGUAACACUCUUACCUGCAGGAUAAUGAGAAAAUGUUUCCAUGUUUCCUCUUCCUGUCAACUCAAAGCAAGUUACAGAAAGAAAAGGAAGAAUUCUGGAUUUUUCUCAUCUCACAGACACAGAUGAAGGACUCGAGAACAACAUCAUUACUAGAAGACAGACAUGAGCAGGCCUUCCCUUUUUUCUGUCUUUUUGGAACAUGACAGUAAAAUCAUGGAGACCUUAUUUUUGGUGCAAAGAUAAAUGAUAAAUCACUUUACCUGCAAUGACUGCUGAGAAAUCAAUGAUUUAGUGAUAGCAGCGUGUGAAUGCCGUACUAUCACGAGAUGGGACAUUCUGAGCUUGUCAUGUGACCCUCAGUCUCAAAACACGUCAUGUGACCUGGAAAGGCCAGAAUAACAUUUAAACACGCAUCUGUAGAUUUGUUGGAAUUCCACGGACAACAUGUUGCUCAGUAUUAAAGGGAUAGCAAAUCACUGGACUCCAUUUCCCAAAAUGCCUUUGUGUUCUUUGCAAAACAUCUGUAAAUUAAACAGGAAACACGAUCAGUUUCAUCUCAAUUAACACAAGACUAAGUUUCCCAACAUUCAGUGGGACAUUUAAUCUCCAGCCAAGAUCCUUCAUUCCACUGUAAAUAUCAUCUGAUGUGGACUUUUAACUUUAGACUUCAUUUCCCAUAGUCCAUCUGUUCACUGGUCACUUGCCUCAAAGAGAACAUCACUGGACUUCAACUCCCAUCAUUCUUCACUCUGCCAUGCCCCCCUGUUGGUGGUGAAUGAUUAAUGACUUUUUUCAAAGAGAGGAAAGUCCCUGAAUCCUGUUACACUGGAGAUAGAUGGAUGUGCAUAUGUUUUCCCAUAAUACUAUGCUCUCUAUAUUCACCAGUUUAAAUACAGAGGUUUCCUCUGUGAAAUCACCGAAACACUCCUCAGAAUUUUUCUGUUUUAUAAAAACACGUGACUUUGA